AGCGCGCAGGGCAGGGCGGCGGCUUCCGGCAGGAGGAUGGAGCGGUUCGUGGUGCGCCGGGCCCGCUCCCCGCAGAGCCCUCGCCGGGCCCGGCCGGAACCCCGCGCCUACCGGCAGGCCACGCUCGAGUCCCUCAAGAGAGUGGUCGUGGUGGAGGACAUAAAGCGAUGGAAGGCGAUGCUCGAGCUCCCCGGGCAGCCCAAAGAAAACCUGAUGGAAGCUUUGGGGGAACUGAAGAAGAAAAUACCUUCCAAGGAAGUGCUUCUGUCGACAAAAAUAGGUCACACAGUGAACAAGAUGCGCAAACAUUCCGAUCACGAUGUGGCCAGCCUUGCCAAAGAUGUUUAUGUGGAAUGGCGAGCUUUCAUCAAACACCACUCAAACAGGCCCUCAAUAGAAGUCAAGAGCGAUCCCAAGACUGAGGCUUUCAGAAAGAACGCGCGGAAGCUGCUUUGUGAAGCCCUGGAUCUAGAGAUUGAUCACCCACUGGCUGAAAAUAUUGAGCGAGAAGCUUUUCAUCUCUCUUCUCGUCUCAUUAGUGCGCCAUAUCGCAGAAUGGUGCGAGCUCUUGUCUUCUCAUUAAAGCACAAACCUGAAAUGCGAGCAGAAGUCAAGACUGGCACGCUCACCGUCCCUACAUUUGUACAGAGCCAUAAAAAGUGAGGUGUUGUGCUGGAUGCCGAGCGAGAACUUCAUGUGCCUGCAUCUCUGUGGAACUGGGAACCCUUUCUGUCACAAGGGGAGCGCCGAAGAGCAGACAGCGUGACUCACUUGGCUGAAGACAAGAACUACCAGUGAUGAAAGUGGUGCUCGAAAUCUGUGUGGGGUUGUUGCACAAAAAGUUUCUUCUACUCUGCUGUAUAUUUUCCUGGUACAAAGCCAUCCCCGCUCACUCACCUGUUUCUUCUGUCAGUUUGUCAUACCUCAGUUGGGCUGCAUCCCUGAUGUGGAUCUUCAGGUGUAAUUAGCUGAAUGGCUAAAGGACCAGCUCUGUACUGCAAUGGUGGGAAAGAGUGGGAAAUGGGGGUAAUUGUUUCAUGGGAGGAGGUUCCUAAUGGAUAACUGCAAACCCUCGUUAAUCCUAAAUCAGCCAAAUCCACUGUGGCUGGGCCCUGUUUAGUCAAGCCAGGUGAUUUCCCCUGCAUCCACAGUGGGAUACAAAACGGGUUUCAACAGUUUUCUAUCCAUCCUUCCAUUGGCUCAGUCAUCCCGCAGUCGUGGGCAUUUUCUGAAACCCUGGGGUGAAAACCGAAAUGCCCUGGGGUAUAGGUGCUAUCUAAUACUUCUGCUUAAUGAGCAGCUUGCUCUGACUUCCAUACCUCACUCAUGAUUGAAAUGUGGUGCUUAUUAGUGUAACAUUAAAAAAAAAACAACACCUUGAGAUGAAUUUUUUAACUACAAUUAUGCUGUAAGGAAAACAUUCCACAUCCAGGCUUUUCUCCUCUGUAAAGAGCAUGUUUCAGAAUGAUGGUGUAAAUAGAUUUAAGCAACAAACUAUUGUUUGAAUUGCUGCUAGUUAUUAAAACCUGGAAACCUUGCCUUUCGUAUUUACUCUGGUUUCUUUACUGCCACAAGUCAUCUUGCUCUCUGUAUGCUAUUAUUAAAGCUGUGACAGGCACAGUCUUUCUCUACUGGUAGA